AUGGCGUCGCCGUCUUCGCGCCGGCUCCUGCCGACCCUCCUCCGCUCCGCCGGCCUCCGCCGAUCGCCGUCGCGGCCCACCUCCUCCUCCAACCCCAAAUCCGCCCCCUUCUUCACCCCCUCCUCCGCCCCCGCCACCACCACUACCACCACCGCCCCUCCCCCACGGCUACCUCCUCACCCGCACUGCCCACUACUCCACCUCCGCCGCCGCCGCCGCAUCCCCCUCCUCCCCGUCGCCGCGGCCAAGGGCGCCGGGAAGGGUAGGAUCACCGAUGAGUUCACCGGCCCCGGCGCGAUCGAGCAGGUGUGCCAGGUGAUCAGCGCCGUGGUCGACGUGCGGUUCGACAAGGGCUUGCCCCCGAUCUUGACGGCCCUGGAGGUGUUCGACAACUCGAUCAGGCUCGUGUUGGAGGUGGCCCAACACCUGGGCGAGAACAUGGUGAGGACCAUCGCCAUGGACGGAACCGAAGGGCUGGUGCGUGGUCAGCGCGUGCUCAGUACUGGCUCCCUGAGUUCCAAAGGAACAAAGUUGAAGGACUUCUUGGCCACAAUGAGGUCUUCCCCUCACUUUCAAUCAAAGAUUGCUACAACUGGGUCCUAAACUUCGCCACGAUGUUGAGUAGUAUGCAAAGCAAUUUCCUACAAUCGAGUUCGAGAAAAUGGCAAUGAAGUACAAGAAUAGAGGGACAAAUCAUGGAUUAGUGUGGUACAAAAUCAAUUAUGAUGUAGAAGUGC